CAUCAUUUAAUAUUCUUCCACGGUAAGCCACGUUACUACUUAUUGCACGUGGCACACGGUGAAUAUAAUAAGUAAAAAUGGCCCUGCCCGCGUGAGCCGCGGUUUGGAGGUCAGUCAUGGAGCUUCCUUCCUAUGUAGUACGCCGCAACCGCGUUCUUUUCCGUCCAAUUCAGCCAAAAUCCCAUAACCUAUAUAAAUCUCCCAAGCCGCCAUUUUUUUCUCAAACUCCAUCACCCACUCAUCGAACCUUCUCAUCUUCAUUCCUGCGAAUGCUUACGAACUCUACCUUCCUGCCAGCCACCACCGGCGUGGCCCCUUUAGACGACGCCGACUUCUCUCUCUACUUCUCCUUUCUCCAAGACGAUUCCUUUCUCCCUGAAAUGCCACCGGCCAAGAGAGCCCGCCGCGCCGCCCCCGAAGACUCCGACCCCCGAUCCGAAUCCGACGAUUCCAGCAAGGCGCCGCCGGCUCCCCCUCCCCGACGCCUCUGGGUCAAGGAGCGCUCACGCGCUUGGUGGGACCAGUGCAAUCGCCCAGAUUUCCCGGAAUCCGAAUUCCGCGCCGCGUUUCGUAUGAGCCGGGGAACCUUCGACAUGAUCUGCGAAGAGCUUGGCGCCGCGGUUGCGAAAGAGGAUACAAUGCUCCGCGCCGCGAUUCCUGUUUGCCAGCGCGUCGCGGUUUGCAUCUGGCGGCUCGCUACAGGGGAACCCCUCCGUCUCGUCUCCAAGCGCUUCGGUCUCGGCAUCUCAACUUGCCACAAACUCGUCCUCGAGGUCUGCGCCGCCAUCAAAUCCGUUCUCAUGCCCAAAUUCCUUCGCUGGCCAGACGACCCGACGGCCCUCGCCGAUGCCCGGAGAAAAUUCGAGUUGGUUUCAGGGAUCCCGAACAUUGUCGGGGCGAUGUACACAACUCAUAUCCCCAUCAUCGCUCCUAAAGAGAACGUCGCGUCUUACUUCAAUCGGCGCCACACGGAGCGGAAUCAGAAGACGUCUUACUCGAUCAGCGUGCAGGGAGUGGUGAAUCCCGACGGGGUGUUCACGGACGUCUGUAUCGGGUGGCCGGGAUCCAUGUCGGAUGAGCAGGUCCUUGAAAAAUCCGCCCUUUAUCAAUUGGCGUCGCAGUGUGGAAUUCUGAAGGACGAUUGGAUUGUAGGGGGGGUUAGCUAUCCGCUUCUGGAUUGGGCUAUGGUGCCUUAUUCGCAGAGGAACUUGACAUGGGCGCAGCACGCGUUUAAUGAGAGGAUUGGGGAGGCGCAGAGGGUGGGGAAGGAGGCUUUCGCAAGGCUGAAGAUGAGGUGGGGAUGCUUGCAGAAGAGAACAGAGGUGAAGUUGCAGGAUUUGCCGGUGGUGCUUGGGGCUUGCUGUGUUCUGCAUAAUAUAUGUGAGAUGAGGGGGGAGGAACUGGGGAGGGAGGAGAUGGGAUACGAGCUUUUCGACGAUGAGAUGACGCCGGAGAAUGGAUUGCGGUCGCUGACGGCGAUGAACGCCAGGGAGAAUAUGGCGCGUAAUUUGUUGCAUAGUGGACUUAUUGGCACGGGAUUCGUGUAGUUCUGUACCAGAUCUUAAGAUUAAUGGGGGAUUUUUUUUUUUUGAAUUUAUGUUGUUUCAGAUUAAUGAAAUGUAACUAUGGAAGUUUUAGUGAUUGAAAUAGAAUUGGUUUACUUUAUAAAAAUUUAUGAGGAUCUAUUGUU